CCCCUCCCCAAUUCCGCCCAAGUGCUCGUGCGCAUGCUCUCUGGCCCGGGCUCUGCAGAUCCGAGAUGCAAAUUGCUGCGCCCCGGCGCGGCCCAGCCCGGGGGCAUACAAAGCUGGCAUCCCCAGGGCCCGGGCACGUGCGUGGAUAGCGCCAUUCUCCCAGCAAGCACCGGGAAUCGCGCUGCGGCCGCCGUGGCCCCGCCCCCUGCCCCGCGCAGGGCGGAGGUGGGAGGAUAUUGGCAGAUUUCUAAGUCCAACCACUUCGUUAUAUUCUGGGGGGGGGAGGGGGGCCACACCGCGCGAAAGCCAGGAUUCGAACCCCAGACACACCCGGGCCCCGACAGACUCUAGUAAAAGAGAGCGACGUGCCCGACCUUCCGCUAGGAAGGAGCCCCCUGCUCUAGCUGCGAGCCGGAGGCCCCGCCCCAACCCUACCAAGCGUAGGAAGAGCGGGGGAGGAGCGACCCUCCGGGGGUCUCGGAUGCGCCGCUCCCGCCGCCGCUCCUCCCCCGCGCCUGGGCCGGAUGGUCCGACCCAUGGCGCAGGCGCCCUGGAGCCCGCCAGCUAGCCUCUCCGCUUUGCCCCCCGCCCGCAGCCGCAGCCGCAGCCGUCGAAGCUCGUUCUGCGCAGGCGCCGGGGCCCUGCGUGCUGCCGCCGCCGACCGGAGCGAGCGGAGCGAGGUCGCCAGGGGUGCUGCCGGGGCCGCUGGAGAGAAGAGGCCCUGCCGAGGAAAGGGGCUGGGGGGGAUCCCAACUCGCUGUCGCCGCCGCCGCUGGACAUCUCCCCCUCCUGGCAGCCUCCCCCGGCCAUGACGGAGACCCGGGAGACCGCGGAGACCGGGGGCUAUGCCAGCUUGGAGGAGGAUGAGGAGGAGCUGUCCCCAGGCCCAGAGCACCCCUCCGACUCGGACUAUACCCUCUCGGAGCCCGACUCUGAGGAGGACGAAGAGGAGGAGGAGGAGGAGGAGGAAACCACAGAUGACCCAGAAUACGACCCUGGCUACAAGGUGAAGCAGCGUCUCGGUGGGGGGCGAGGGGCACCCUCGCGGAGGGCCCCUCGGGCUGCCCCGCCCCCAGGGCCCCCAGCCCAGCCCUGCGCCCUGUGCGGCCGCCCGCCCCCGGGGGAGGGGGCCGCAGCCCCGGGGGGCCCGCCCUGUCGGCUCUGCCGCCCCACCGCCCCCCAGGCGACACCCCCCGCCCGCACUGCCGCUCAGCGCCAGGCGGGGGAGGAGGAGGAAGAGGACGAGGGGGCCACCUCCACUGGAGGCGAUGGGCCCCCUGGGGAUGAGGGGGGCGCUUACCACUGCACAGAGUGCGAGGAUUCGUUCGACGACCUUGGGGAGCUUCACGGCCACUUCAUGCUGCACGCCCGCGGGGAGGUGUGAGGCUGGCCCCCCAGGGGGGCGCGGGGCUGAGAGAAGGGGUCACGGGGGGCGGAGCCACCGGUCAAGUCUGUGUCUUCUGGACAGUAGCUGUGUUAGGUUCAAAUAAAGCCAGAUUUCUGUGUGUGAUGGCGUCUGUGCGAGUGUGACCUCCCUGUGCCCGAAUCUCGGGUGCAAACGGCGCGUGAGGAUGGUGCGGUCGUGGACUCCAAGGCCCGCAACUGAGAGAGACCGGAGGCCCAGCCUCCCGUCCCGUCCCUUUCCCUGUUUUUGACAUGAGGAACCUGAGGUCCUGGUUGCCUUGGCAAAGGUCACAAAGCUAGCAGAGCAAGGGCCUGACCUCCCCCCCUCAGACUUAGAGCCACAGCCUGGAUCUCUA